AUGUUUAAUUAUUUUUUAAAAAGUUUUAACAAAUGUAAAAACAAAAAUGAUGUAAUUCAUUUAAGUAAACAAUUUUUAAAGAAUAUUUUUCACUUUAAUACAUAUGAAAUAUCUUUAAGCCUAAACAAAUUUUCGAAAAUAAAUUUUGAUGAUAAGAUAUUUUGGAAAAAGGUAUGUUAUAUAAUUACUACGAGCAACAAGUUUUCAGAAAAUUUUCAUUUUUUAAAAAAAGAGAAAAAUGAAUAUAUUCAAGAUAAUAAAGAUGAUAAAAAGAAUAUAGAGAAGAAAAGGUUAUCAAAUAAUAAUGUAGAGUACUUAAAUAAAGAAAAUAAAAAAAAUGAUAAACUAAUAAAUUAUUUUAGUAUUGAAGAAUUGUGUUUAAUUCUAAAUUCAUUAUCAAAAGUUAAUAUAAAAAAUGAUGAUAUACUAAAAUUUGCAUCCGAAAAAUUAAUUAAAGAAAUAGAUUUAAAUAAACAUAUAAUAAAUAUAAUUAAAUCUAUAAGUUAUUUCUCUAAUAAUAAUGAUAAUGUCAAACUAGAAAAUAUAUUACAAAAAUUUUCAAAAGAUUAUAAAAAUUUAAAUCGUUUAACAGAAAGAGAUAUAAGUGUUUUAAUAGAACUAACGCUCAAACAAAACAAUCAAAAUGAACAAGAAAAUAAUGAUGUCUUAUUAAUUGAAAAUAAGAAAAAUGAGGUAAAUAAAAAUGGAGAGAACGAAAAUGAAUCGAAUGAAAACUAUGAUUAUCAGAAUAAUUCUAAUAAAAAUUUAAGCAUUUUAAAAAAAAAAUUAAUUAGCAGUUUAAAAAAAUUUAGUUAUAUAAGUGAACAAAGUAUAGCAUUAAUUUUAAAUGCAUAUAGCAAAUCGUUAGAAAAGAAUAAAAAGUUAUUAGAUUUACUUAAAAUUAUAAUAAUAUUAAAAUUAAGAAAAGAAUAUAAAUGUUCCGAUAUUUUUAUAAGUUGUGUUACUCAUUCUUAUUCCACUUUUUAUUAUAAAGAUAAACUGUUAUUCAAUGAAUUAGCUGACUAUACAUAUAAAAAUAUAAAUAGUAUUAAUAUCAAAUCUCUUAUUAUAAUUUUAAACAGUUUUAUUAACAUAAAUAUCUUGAAUAUAAAAUUGUUCAAGGAAAGUUUAAAUAAAUUAGCAAAUAAAGAAGUAAUACUUAAUUUAUCAAAUCAAUGCACAUCUAAUGUAGUCACCAUAUUUACAAAAUCUUAUAACUAUUUAGAUAAAAAAAAAAUUCAUUUUAUUUUUGAAAACAUUAUUAGAAGAAUAAAAAAGGAUCAUAAUUUAGUAAAAAAAAGUAUAAAUUUUAAUAAUUAUAAAGAGGAUAACUGUAAUGGAAAAGAAAAAUUAAAAAACAUUUGCAAUAAAGAGAAAAUAAAAGAAAAUUUGAAUAAAAAUUUAGAGAUAAUAACGAAAAAAUAUCAAUUUAAAGAUUCUUUUAAUAAUAAGAACUUAUUUAUUUUUAACUUUUUGACAAAGCAUUUAACAAAUAUUCUCAAUAAUUUUAGUAAGCUAAAUUAUGCAGAUACACAUUUAUUUCAAAUUUUUACAUAUUUAAUUUUGAGAAAUAAAGAGAAUAUUAAUAAGUUAGAUUUUCUUAACAUUACGAGUUCAUAUGCUAGAAGUGGAUUUUUAAAUAGUGAUAUUUAUGAUAUUAUAAAAGUGAAUUCUAAAAAGUAUAUCAUAAAUAAUGAUUUAAAAUAUGUGGAAUUCAUAAAUUUAUUUACAAGUAUUAGCACCUUUUUCAUAAUUGAAAAAAAUGAAAACAAGAAAGAGUACAAUAAAGAAGAAGAUUCGCAAUUUAAAGAAAUAAUUAAUUUAAUGAUUGAAAGAUUAAAAGAACAUAAUAAUACUGAUAUGAAUAAAAAAGAGGCAAAUUACAUAAAUAAUAAAAAGGACUCUAUAAAAAAUAUAAGUAAUGAUUAUGCAAAUAAUAAAAUUAAUAACAAUACUAAUAAUCAAAAUGAUUUGCAAUGUAAUUAUUUAAAAUAUGAUUUAUAUAAAAAUAGAAGUGAUAACAGUUAUAAUUACUCUUCUAUAAAAAAUAAAAAUAUAUUAGAUAAUUUAUGUAUGAAUCAUAUAUGUAGUAUUUUAUCCUCCCUUUGUAAAUUAAAUAUCCAUGAUAAAAUUAUAUAUGAAAAAUGCAUAAAAAAUAUUAAAAAAAAAAUUUUUAAAAUAAAUGGUAAAUGCUUAGCUAUUUAUUUGUUAUACGUGAGUAAAUAUAACAUCGUUCCUGAUGACUAUAUUAGAACAAUAGUAUCUAACAGUUUUAAAUUCAUGCAUACAAAUAAAUAUGAAAGAAUAAAUCUAAUAGAAAAGCAAAACAGAGAUUCCUUUCUCAUAAAAAUGCAUAAUUUAUAUUAUCGAUUGCAAACAAACGAUAUUAUAAAUUCAAUAUAUAUUAUUAGGUGCUUAAUUAAAAAUGAUUUUAACUACAAGAAUAAUACAUUUAUAAUUUAUCAAUAUUUACUAAAUAUAUGUAAAAUAAUACAGAAUAAAAAUGUUCAAUUAGAUAAUAAGGAAAAUAAAAGUAAUGAAUAUGAUAAUAUAAUAAAAAUGGACGAAAUCGAUUUUGAAGAAAAUAUCCUUUUGAAAAAUAGAAAAUUAAAUAUUCAAAGUUCUUGUAUAUUAAUUAAUAGCUUAUGUUUUUUAAAAACACAUUUAUAUUUUAAAAAUGAAAAUUAUUUUAAAAUAAUUAUGUACUUAUUAUUAUAUUCAUUUAAAUAUUUAUUUAAAAAAUUAAAUUUUUUUAACUUUAGAAAGGAUUUAAUAUAUAAUAUAACAGAUGAAAUAAAAAUAAAUGAAAUAAAAAAUGUAAUUAAGAAAAAAAUAGAUUCAGCAAGUAUGCGGCAACUAAAUAUGUCCAUCUUAAUAUCAUUUUUUUUAGAUUCCUUGGAUUCAAUUUAUAUGAAAAAAAGUAAUUUAUAUUGUUAUCCAAUUAGCUUAUUAAAUUAUUUCUAUUUUAUUUUAAAGUAUAAUCCGUUUAUUCAAUUUGAAAAAUACUCAUCUAUAUAUAAUUCUUUAAAUAACAAAAAACUUACGUACAAUUAUGAUUCACACUUUAAUGAAAAGGAAAUGAAAUUAGCCAAUUCUAAAAUGCCAAAUAUUUCUAGUAGCGAAAUAAGAAUUUAUCAUAUAAUUUUAGAUAUAUUAAAAAGAAAAAAUUAUUUAAAAAAUUACAACAUUUUUUCUACAUAUAAUAUAUAUAUGUAUUCUGUUGAUAUAAUAAUUAAACGCAAAAAAUAA